CAGAUGUGAUGGCUUAUGUAUCCAGACACAUACACAGCACAAACAAUAUGACGGAACAAACUACACCCACUUUCAAGCUGGUACUUGUUGGUGACGGAGGUACUGGAAAGACAACUUUCGUCAAGCGUCAUUUAACCGGAGAAUUCGAAAAGAAAUAUGUCGCCACACUCGGUGUAGAGGUACAUCCUCUGCAGUUCCAUACCAACCUGGGGCCCAUUAUCUUCAACGUGUGGGAUACCGCUGGUCAGGAGAAGUUCGGAGGACUGCGUGACGGCUAUUACAUCCAGGGUCAGUGUGCGAUCAUUAUGUUCGAUGUCACGGCCCGUGUCACGUACAAGAACGUACCGAACUGGCACAGAGAUCUGGUGCGGGUGUGCGAGAACAUCCCCAUUGUGUUGUGUGGGAACAAGGUGGACAUCAAGGACCGCAAGGUCAAGGCUAAGAACAUUGUGUUCCACAGAAAGAAGAACUUACAGUACUACGAUAUCUCGGCCAAGUCCAACUACAACUUCGAGAAGCCCUUCCUAUGGCUUGCCCGCAAGCUGGCCGGUGCCAACAACUUAGAGUUCGUCGCAUCACCCGCUCUGGCGCCCCCAGAAGUCACUGUUGAUGCGCAACUGAUGCAGCAGUACCAGACCGAGCUUGACGCCGCUCAAAACACACAGCUGCCCGAUGAUGAUGAUGACUUUUGAGGAGGAAUUUAGGUGUGAGAUGGCGACGUACAAGACAGCAAUAGACUGUAUGAGAGCCUAUGUUUCGGGGUUUACCACAUAUAUACACAUGUGCCCAUGUUUAUAUAUCCCGGGACUCUUUCAACUAAGCUGAUAUAGUUCUGGAUGACCACCCCAGCCUUGAGCCGCCGGCGUGAUGUUGAUUUCGCAAACUGUGAGAGGGUUUUAGCAAUUCUGUACGCGGGUUGAUAUAUAUCAAGCAAGAUCAAUAGUCGGGACGGGGACAGGAAAAUAUAUUGUACAUACAUCUACUAUAAAGAGUACGCUUCCUAGUUCAUCAUUAAAGUAUUACUCAGUUAUACG